GUUUGUGCCUGCGGGUGCGCUCGUUCGGGCUCGCCGGCUCCGAGAGCCGAGGGCGGCCAGGCGGCCGGGGGCGCCGAGCCCGGCGGUGGACAGGGCCGGCCGGCGGUGGCGAUGCGCCGCGCCCCGCCGAGCCCGUCCCGCCGCGCUCGGUGAGCCGGCUCCGGGAGCGCGGGCCGCGGCCAUGGGCACCCUGGGCAAGGCCAGAGAGGCUCCGCGGAAACCUUCCCAUGGCUGCAGAGCUGCCCCUAAAGCAAGACUAGAGGCGAAGCCCACCAACAGCCCCUUCCCCUCCCAUCCCAGCCUGGCCCAGAUCACUCAGUUCCGAAUGAUGGUGUCUCUGGGACAUUUAGCCAAAGGAGCCAGCCUGGACGAUCUCAUUGACAGCUGCAUUCAAUCUUUUGAUGCAGAUGGAAACCUGUGUCGAAGUAACCAACUGUUGCAAGUCAUGCUGACCAUGCACCGAAUUAUCAUCUCCUCUGCAGAUCUGCUCCAAAAAGUUAUCACCCUUUACAAGGAUGCCUUGGCGAAGAAUUCACCAGGGCUUUGCCUGAAAAUCUGCUAUUUUGUAAGGUAUUGGAUAACAGAGUUUUGGGUCAUGUUUAAAAUGGAUGCCAGCUUGACAGACACCAUGGAGGAGUUUCAGGAACUGGUGAAAGCUAAGGGUGAGGAGUUACACUGCCGCCUGAUUGACACGACUCAAAUCAAUGCCCGAGAUUGGUCCAGGAAACUUACUCAAAGGAUAAAAUCAAAUACCAGCAAGAAACGGAAAGUCUCUCUGCUUUUUGACCACCUGGAACCAGAAGAGCUAUCAGAGCACCUCACCUACCUGGAGUUCAAGUCCUUCCGAAGAAUAUCUUUCUCUGAUUAUCAGAAUUACCUUGUAAAUAGCUGUGUCAAGGAGAACCCUACCAUGGAGCGGUCAAUUGCCCUAUGCAACGGCAUCUCCCAGUGGGUCCAAUUGAUGGUUCUUAGCCGCCCCACCCCACAGCUUCGAGCAGAAGUCUUCAUCAAGUUCAUCCGUGUGGCUCAGAAGCUCCACCAACUACAGAACUUCAAUACCUUGAUGGCUGUGAUAGGUGGUCUGUGUCAUAGCUCGAUCUCCAGGCUCAAGGAGACAAGUUCACAUGUCCCACAUGAAAUCAAUAAGGUUCUGGGUGAGAUGACUGAGCUGCUGUCCUCCUGCAGAAACUAUGACAACUACCGGCGAGCCUAUGGAGAGUGUACUCACUUCAAGAUUCCCAUCCUGGGGGUGCAUCUCAAGGACCUCAUCUCCCUGUACGAAGCCAUGCCCGACUAUCUGGAGGAUGGGAAGGUGAACGUCCACAAGCUGCUGGCCCUUUACAAUCAUAUCAAUGAAUUGGUCCAGCUGCAAGAGGUGGCCCCACCUUUAGAGGCCAACAAGGACUUAGUGCACCUGCUGACGUUGUCCCUGGAUCUCUACUACACCGAAGAUGAAAUUUAUGAGCUCUCCUAUGCCCGAGAACCAAGGAACCACAGAGCCCCACCACUAACACCUUCAAAGCCACCAGUAGUAGUGGACUGGGCCUCCGGAGUAUCUCCCAAACCUGACCCAAAGACGAUUAGCAAACACGUCCAGAGGAUGGUGGAUUCUGUCUUCAAGAACUAUGAUCAUGACCAGGAUGGAUACAUUUCUCAGGAAGAGUUUGAAAAGAUUGCUGCGAGUUUUCCAUUUUCCUUCUGUGUAAUGGACAAAGACAGGGAAGGCCUCAUCAGCAGGGACGAGAUCACAGCCUACUUCAUGAGGGCCAGCUCAAUCUACUCCAAGCUGGGCCUGGGCUUUCCUCACAACUUCCAAGAGACCACAUACCUGAAGCCCACUUUCUGUGACAACUGUGCUGGAUUUCUCUGGGGAGUGAUCAAGCAAGGCUAUCGAUGUAAAGACUGCGGGAUGAACUGCCACAAACAAUGCAAAGAUCUGGUCGUUUUUGAGUGCAAGAAACGAGCCAAGAACCCAACAGCUCCCACAGAGAACAGCACCUCUGUGGAGCCAGUGUCCAACCUCUGUUCUUUAGGAGCCAAAGAUCUGCUCCAUGCACCUGAAGAAGGACCUUUUACCUUCCCUAAUGGGGAGGCUGUGGAACACAGCGAGGACAGUAAAGAUCGGACCAUCAUGCUGAUGGGAGUGUCCUCACAGAAGAUUUCUGUUCGCCUGAAGAGGACUGUUGCCCACAAGGCCACCCAGACUGAAUCCCUGACUUGGACUGGCAGUGAGGGCCCCUCAGGUCCUUUUGUGCUGUCUUCUCCAAGGAAGACAGCCCAGGAUACUCUUUAUGUGCUUCCCAGUCCCACGUCUCCAUGCCCCAGCCCAGUCUUAGUCAGAAAGCGGGCUUUUGUCAAGUGGGAGAAUAAAGAAUCCCUCAUAAAAUCGAAGGACGAGCUCCCUCACCUAAGACUCCCAACUUACCAAGAACUGGAACAGGAAAUAAAUACCUUGAAGGCAGAUAAUGAUGCCCUAAAGAUCCAACUGAGAUAUGCAAAGAAGAAAAUAGAAUCCCUCCAGCUUGAAAAAAGCAAUCAUGUUUUAGCUCAAAUGGAGCAAAGUGACUGUUCUUAGCCCAGAAACUCAAGGAACACAAUCUGUAGAUGAGUAUACUGGAGAUCUCAAAUUCUAAACUGAAUGACAAAGACACGGAGAACCUUAAACUGACCAGCUUU